GGGCAAUGGUUAGACCUCUAGGAUUAUAUUGACAGUUAAUCAUCAGUUGAGCGGUUUUUAUUGGAUUGGAACUACUUGUUUAACAAAAUGUAGAUGACUAAUUGCUUGCAUGGCCUCUACGCCCUUCUACCACUACAAUUGCGAAGCCCCCUUGGCCGCUGUUGCAGCCUCCCUCCUACAUCGUUGCGCCUCUUCCGGCAGCACCGCCACCCUUCGCAAGACUCGCCAGCUCCACGCUCUCAUCCUCAUCGCCUUGCCCUGCGACUCCCCUCCCUUCCUAUUCAACAACAUCCUCUCCCUCUACGGCAAAUGCUGCGCCCUCGGUCACGCCCGCAAGGUCUUCGAUGCAAUUUCUCCACGAAACCUCGUCUCUUACAACGCCAUGAUCGCCGCCUACACACACUCGAAGUGCCUCGCUGGUGCUCAGUCCGCCCUCCGACUCUUCCGCGAGCUGUGCCUCGUCGGCUUGGGGCCCAGCGCCUCCACGCUCUCCAGCCUCGUCCGAGCUUCGGCGUCCUUUCAAGAACCGCUUCUUGGUCGCGGCCUGCACUCCAAAGUCGUCAGGUAUGGUUUCCCUAACAAUGUGCGCGUUCAAACUGCGCUUCUCGGGAUGUACUCCGACAACGGAAGUCAUGAAGCUGUCGAGAAUAUCUUCUGGGAAAUGAGCGAGAAGGAUGUUGUCUCUUGGAAUUCGUUAGUCCUCAGCAAUGUCAAAAAUGGUAGUGUCGAGCAAGGCUUCCAGCAUUUCUGCCAAAUGAUCCGGACUGGCUUAAUGCCUAAUAAUUCCACAUUUUCUAUAAUUCUAAAUGCUUGCGGGAGACUGGAGGAUGGGAAAAGAGGGCGCAUUGUCCAUGCACAGAUGUUAAAAUCAGAUAUCAAGCCUGAUAUCCUGUUGCAGAAUGCACUAGUCAACAUGUAUGCUUGCUGCGGAGACAUGCCGUCUUCUGCAUUGGUUUUUGACAAUAUGGAGAAGCCAAACUUGGUCUCGUGGAACUCCCUCAUUUCUGGUUAUUCUGAUUCCCGAGAAGGCGAGAAGGCCAUGAAAGUUUUCAUCGAGUUAAAGGAUGUGCCUUCUUAUAGAGGAUCAUACCCAGAUGACUAUUCCUUUGCUGCAGUUAUUUAUGCUACUGCUACUUUACCUUCUGUAUGUUACGGGAGGCCUCUUCAUGCCCAAACUAUAAAGUCAGGGUUGAAUUUAAGCAUAUUUGUAGCAAACACUCUAAUCAAUAUGUAUUUCACAAAUGGUGACUCUGAUUCUGCUCAGAGGCUGUUUGGUUUCAUAUUGAUUAAAGAUGCAAUACUUUGGAGUGAAAUGAUCGUUGGUCAUUCAAAGUUGGGUGAAGACGAGCUAGUUUUGCGAUAUUUUUAUUUAAUGCUAAACGAAGGACAUCAAAUUGAUGACUUUUCUCUCAGCAAUGCAUUGGGAUCAUGUGCUGAUCUUGUAGUGCUGAACCUAGGGCAAAUGAUCCAUUCUCUGGUGGUGAAAUCUGGAUAUGAAUCAAACAUCUGUGUUUGUAGGAGUUUGAUCGACAUGUAUGCUAAAAAUGGUAUUCUUCAAGGAGCUGACUCUAUCUUUUGUAGAAUACAGAAUCCUGAUUUAAAAUGCUGGAAUUCAAUGAUUGGAGGUUAUGGUAACAUUGGAAACUCUGAGCAGGCAUUUAAGAUGUUCAAUUCAAUGGUAAGGAAAGGGCUGCAACCUGAUCAUGUGACUUACCUUUCUCUGGUUUCUGCAUGUAGUCAUUCAGGCCAAGUGGAGAGAGGAACAUUCUACUGGUUUUGCAUGUCGGCGGAUGCUAUAGUUCCAGGUUGUAAGCACUAUGCUUGCAUGGUAAAUUUAAUAAGUCGAUCGGGACUAUUGCAAGAAGCCAAGCAGUUCAUCUUGGGAUCACCUUUUGCUGGGUCAUGUGAACUAUGGCAAAUCUUAUUGUGUUCAUGUGUUAUUUUCAGAAAUUUGGAAAUUGGUGCACAUGCUGCACAGCAAGCUCUAAUCAUAGAACCUGAGGACACUAUGACCUAUAUACUCCUUUCAAAUCUUUAUGCUUCUGUUGGGAAAUGGGAUGUUGUUAAAGGAAUUAGGAAGAAGGUCAGAAGAGUAAUGUUAGAUAAGGAGCCCGAGUUAAGCUGGAUUGAGAGAAAAAAUGUUGUGCAUGUGUUUUUUACUGAUGAUGAAUUUCAUGAGCAUAUCGAUGAGUGCAGAAACGAACUACUUAGAUCAUAGGGUAAUUUAUUGGGAUUAAAUUGGUCAGAUUUGCAGCUCUACAUCAGUCUGAUAUCUUAAAGCAAAAUGACCUUGUUGUGCUACCGUGCUCGCGCCUUGACUUUUAGUUUGACCUGGUUCAAUUUGAGUUGUGAGCAGGAAGGGCUGAUAUUGAUGUUAUCCAGGCCAUCCAACAAUGGUUUACUCACCUGUUAUUGCUUAACUCACAAGGUUUCAUUAAUAAGAUGAUUUUGUUAAAGAAGAAGAAAUGUCAAUCCUACUAUCCUCCAUUUCCUUCUCUGGAUUGAGGCUCCUGAUUGUUGAUCUGAUUCUGCUGCAUUGAAGAUGACCUUAAGUUCACUUGUGUGACAACUUUGUUCGUUCUACAUGCUGAACUUUCCCUUGAUUUGACAUUUUGAAUAAAGUGGCGUUUAGGAUAUCCCAAGUCAUUUUCUGGGUCCUUUUAUGUAGCAAUCAUCACUCAAAGUGUGCAAUAGAGGAAUGCUUGAUCAAAAAAGACAGUGACCGCAAGGAAUUGGAGUCAUCGCACAAAGAAUAACAUGAUGGAGACAAGGAAUAUACAUUUUGGUGUGAUAAACUGGAAUCAAAUGGUUUUCAGCAGUGCCGCAAUAUGUCAUACAUUGUCUGCAAAAACCAUAUAUAGAAGAUUACUAUGGUUCUUCUUAAGGAGAAAACAUGUGACUUUCUUUGUCUCUUCAAGAUUUGAAAACAUUCUUUAAGCUAUAUCUCAGGGAGCAUAGUGGCCUUGAAGGUGAUGGGAGUUUAGGACAUGCAAAUCCUCUUUAUGCUCUUUAAAGGGAUGGCGUUGGAGCAAGCUUGUUGAAGGAGAAGUCUUUCUCCAAGAAUUCCAACUACAACAACAACUAUCAAACCUUUAUCCCACUAAGUGAACAGACUGGUACAUGGGUGUAUGUCUACAAGCAGUCUAUUGACCAAAAGAAAAUAAAUUUGCCUAUUGCAUUGAGAUCAUUGCUUGAAUGCCCUCAAGGGAAUACUAGGGCACAGUCCAGGCAUGCUUAUCAGCAUAUGGAGACAGAGCCUGGUUUUGAUAAAAUUGUUCAUCAUGAAUCUGGCUUAAAGGCUGCUUUGCUGCCACUUAUACAGUGGGCUGAGAUACAAAUACCAAAUCACGUCCACAAAGAUGCAUCUGUUUUUUUGUAUGCCACAGCUGGAGUUCAUAGAUUACCUAGUCCUGAUUCAGAGUGUCUUCUUGACAAGGCAUGGGCAGUUUUAAAGAACUCAUCAUUGUUUUUGCAGAAGAGGCAGGAUUAGGAUAGUAUCUAGCAUUGAAGAAGCAUAUUAUGGAUGGAUAGCUCUCAAACAUCAUAUGGGUCUAUUGGAUUCUUUCUUGAUCUAGGUGGUUCUUCCUUGCAAGUUAUUUUUGAGAUGGAUACACCCACACAUGAUGAUACAAGUGCAAGUUAGAGAAUUGCUUCUUCUAGUCACCAUCUCAGUGCUUAUUCUUUGGCAAGGUUUGGGUUGAAUGAUGCAUUUGAUGAGUCCGUGGCCCAUCUUUUAAAAAAAAACUCGUGAAUUCAAAACCUGAUUCUAAUGGUAAGUUCCUCCUUAAAUAUCCUUGCUUGAAUACUAGCUAUAGGGAGGAGUACAUAUACAUGUUAUUGCUGUAUGCCAGUUAACACAAAAGGAAGCCCUUUAGUUGGAGGGAAAACCAUGAGCAAGAAGAACACCAGUACAGUUGUAGAAUUGCUUGGUGCUCCUCAACAGAAAAAAAUGUAGUGCUCUUACAAAGUUAAUUAAUCAGUCUGCAUGGUCUAAUUUGAGUUCUGGAAUUGAUUUGUAAACUUAAGGCCUGUUCUCUCUCUGAUGGUUUACCAGCCACAUGGAAAGUUCAGUGCCAUGUCAGGCUUCUUUGUUGUUUUUCAGUGUUUUUUAAAACAUGGGAAGAUGCAAAGAAAAACA